CGGAGCUCCGGAGCGCCACUAACGUAACAUUAACACCAGCGGCGCUAGACUCAGACAGGACGGUGGUGCGUUUAAAUGCGGCAGACACGCCGUGCCGGACUUAAUUCUGCUGGGAACCAGGUCCAGUUGCUAUGCGGGGACGAGAAGAGGCCCCUGUCAUGUCGGUUCCUCGCAAGGUGUCAGCCUGAAGAGAGGGAGCCUGGAGAGAAGCUGGGUUUCACAGCGCUAGGAGAAAACAAACAGCAUGAGAACAACUAAUAUGUCUGUCGCAGAGGUCUAUUCCGACUCAAGCGUUAGAUAGUGUUUUAUAGUCGUUGGCGCCAGACAUUCAUCCUGCUGUUUGUAUACAGAUACAUUGUACGUGCGGGAUAACCAGCAAGUCUGCCACAAUCCUUCUCCUCGGACUAUUUGUGGAGCUCGAUCGUUAUCAUGGGAACCUACACUGACGCCCUGCUAGUCACUGCAAAUGUCGGGUCACUUUUUGACAAUCUUGGAGAAAUUGAGAGCGAGUGGCUCCGGGAAUUCUUCACGACGAUCCACACGUACAGGCCUCGCUUUGUGGCCCUGCAUUUCCAAGAGGUGGGGGGGAAGGAGUACAUGUCCAACAUGAGCCACACCGAGAAUUUCAUCUGGAAAAUAGAGUCAAGCGAGGAGAUGAGGGACUUCGACAGAGUCUGCAUCUACGUGGACAGUAACUUCAAGGCUGUGGACAGUUUCACGGCCCUUGGCAGCAUGUACUUCGUCCACAAGACCCUGAAGAACAUAUACCAGUAUGAUUUUAAUGCGAAGGAAUUCAAAGCUGUGUCGGGGCGGAACAGAUUCGUCGGCUCGCUAGAUGGAGUGACGAUGAUAGAGAAAGAAAAAUUCCCCAAGAAUUUCUGGCCAGAUUUCAAGUGGUCCAGGAAAGGCUAUAUGAGAUCGCGGUGGAUCAUCCACAACCAGGGCCUCGACUUGGUCAAUGUCCACCUCUUUCACGACGCCUCCAACCUCAUUGCCUGCAAUUCCAGCCCCUCCAUCUACUCGGCCAAUCGCAGGAAUGCCCUGCGCUACGUCAUUGACAGAAUAUCCGACAGCAGCUACACAUCUCUCCCCUUCUUCCUCUUUGGGGAUUUUAAUUUCCGGCUGGACACAUUGAGCCUGGUUCAGGCCCUGGCCCGGUCGGCGGAGGUCCAGACAGUGAAGAAGGACAGCAGCAAUGAGGUGGAGAAGAUCAUCUGUGAGGACAAAGAUGACGACCACAGGGUUCUGCUUCACAUUGAGACCAAGCAGUUUGCGUACCUGCACCAGGCAGUCUUCAGAGAAGACAAUGGUAGAGAGCUUCUGAAGUACGACAAGGAGGUGAUGGCGUUCCACGAUGUCCUCACAGAAGAGGACAUCACCUUCCCACCCAGUUACCCCUACAGUGAGGAGUACACUAAGCCCACGCAGUACAUGAACACGCGAUGUCCCUCCUGGUGUGACCGGAUCCUCAUGUCCCACACGGCCCGCGACAUCAUGCACAGGGAGGACGGCAGCGAGAUGGGCAUCGUCUACAACACUCUCGGGCCCACGGUCUGCAUGGGGGACCACAAACCCGUUUUCUUGUUCUUUACACUGAAGACCAGCAGACACUGAAUAGCCACCGGCGGCAGCCCUGCAGGUGAUGGGGAGCUUCAUCCUGACCUGGGCUGCAUGCUGGAGGUCAACUUGCCAGCCUUCCACCAGGGCGUGUAUGACCAGGACCCAGGACCAUUUUCACUGUGUAGCGCUAGCAUUACCCUGGCUGUGUCCGCGUCCCCCCCACCCCAGCUGUAGCCUCUCACAGCUGCAGCGCCGGCAUCUCAUUCCUGCUCAGCACGGACAUCUGCUACACUGGUAUUGUGACUCCCUCGCCCCCUCCCCCACUGAGUCGUGACCCUCUGCACACCCGGCAGUCUGAUUCCCACUCCAGCUUUCCUUGCGUCAUUUACGCAGCCCUCAUCAGCCGGGUGUGUUCCCGGGCAGGUGCGUCUCUCGGAGCGCCGGGAACUUCCUGGUAACUCAGGUUCCUUAACCGUUCUGCCACCUGCUGCCGUGUCUUGUCGUUUCUGGGAUGCGGCGAUGGAAGCCUGAUGAUCUAGUACUCAAAAAAAAAAAAGAUGAGAGCACACAUCGUUAAAAAAAAAAAAAAACUCUUAAAACUUUUAUUAUAUUUAUUUUUUUACAGCAUAUGAUGUGUAAAGGGAAGGGUGGGUGAAACAGCAGCAAUGUUCCCACAGCCCCCCACCUGAUCCCUUCCUACCUGAGGAUUUGCUGCAGUGGGAUCACUGCCCCUUUACUCUGUAUUCCCCAACAUCUCUCGCCCGUGACCUUAAACUACGAGCCCUUUCUGUAUGCUUACUGCUCAUUGCGCAUUAUUCCUGUGUCAACUGCAUGUGUCUCAUCACUGUUGCGGGGGGGGGGGGUUGUACUUCACCUUCAUCAAUACACUUAACUUCAAGAACAUUCACCCCCCACCCCCUCUGUCCAAGCCGUAACCUGAUGGGACCAGUUGUCUCUGUCAUGGUGAAGGUGUCUCUUUGCCGCCGGAAUCGAUACAGGAUGUCAGCGACGACUGGGGACACAUUUACAACCCCGUCGCCUUUUGCCUUGAAUAUUGAAAUCCUGCCCCCUUGAUCCUGAAGCAGCACCUCUGCCGCCUCUGACUUUGGAGCCGGCAGUUUAGGUCCUGCAGCAGUGGCCCUAGCCUGCUAACACCCUCUGCUCCUUACUCCGGCUCAGUCACCCACCCCUCUGCUCUUAUUCAGUCUUACUACCACGAAGUGCAUCGUUCCAUCAGCUCUCGUCUUGCACUUUCUAAACGAGCCACGACCAUCGUGCCGCUGGAGGACGCGGUGAUUUUAAUAAAGAAGCUCCUCUUCGCGGACCUUGAAAGGUUCCGCUCGUUUUCUGUUUUCGUGCGGUAGACGCUUCCCUUCCUUGACAGGGUGACGGGGCUGGUUCUCCGCGGAGCCUGCAGGUAGCUUUUUCGCUGGCCGUCUUCGCUCUUGCUCGUCCGGUACCAUUUUGCUGAAUUCACUGCCUCGUGUCGGGUGUGUAGAACGUGAGUUUUCUUCAUGGGUGUGGUUUUCAAAUCAUUUCCCUGCCAAGCCAGAAAUGUAUGUUUAACAUUUCCCACACCUAAAUGUAGACUUUAAGUAUUUAAGGUGGCUUGGAUUUCAAAAAAAAAAAAAUCCGUAUUCGCCAAAGCACAGACGUACUCGCAUACAAAUGGAUUUUAUCAAGUCACUGGAAUAACCAGGAUUUAUGAUAUUUUAUUGACGAUGAAUUUUACCAUUCCUUAUGUUCUAUGAUUUUUAAUUUUUUUUAACAACUCUUCCACCCGUCCGCACUAAUGGCGUGGUCCUGCAGAGAUCAUGACUCAUGUUUAAAAUGAAUAUGAACCCAAGCUCAGUGAAACCUGUAAAACCUCUUUGUAAUUUUUUUUUCUUCAUUAAGUGCUAAGAGAUGGUAAACAUUCAUUCUCAGGCCCGAUUUUCCUCCACCUACCGUUGGGUUUUAACACGUGGAAGGUGCAGUUGAUGUUUUUUGCUUGAUGCAUUAAUCAGUUGGAUAUGAAUUAAGUGCCGUUGGUAUCUGGAAUAAGUGGAGACUGAUAGGACAAGAAACCGAUGACUUAGUACAGCUAAAAUAUACAUCUAUUACACAGCAUGUAAUAAGGAAUAUGAAAUGUGUUGACAAUCGAUAAUGUGUGUUGUUAGAGUAUGCAGCGUAGUACCCAUUUGUCAAAUGCGUGUUUGCAAUUGUGUUUAUCUGUAUAUUUUAUAUGUAUACCCCCCCGGGAAAUGUUGUAGAGUUCACCGUUAGGAGUGUGAUAUUAUUAAGCAAGAAGUACUGCUGUAGCUGUACAUUUGUUUAAAAAAUAAACACUACAUUUAUGUAAUAACUUAAACGUUUGAACUGUUAUAAACUGCUGUUUGUGAAAUGCACAAGUGCCGUGUUUUAAUAUAUCCUCAUUCUGA